AUGAACACGAAAAACAAAUUUAAUUCUACACUAUACUAUACUUACGUGAAUGAAGAUCAAAUUGAUGUCGAACUUUUAUGUAUAAUUUGUAAUGAACCUUAUCAAUCACCGGUCAACUGUUUACAUUGUGGUCAAACACUUUGUGAAAGAUGUUAUUAUACAUGGGAAAAGCAACAUUUAACAUGUCCAUUUUGUCGACAAGCAGGAUCUCGAUAUGUAUCUGUUAUUACUCGUGUUGUAUUGAAUCAAUUGAAUCGUUUAAAUGUACAAUGUAUAUUGUGUCAACAAACUAAUAUUAAACGUGGCAAUUUUUUCGAUCAUAUCACUUAUUCAUGUCCAAAACAAAUAGUUAUAUGUACUGACAAGUGUGGAUGGAAAGGACAUCGAGAGAAACUUGAAAAUCAUUUAAUUAAAUGUCGGCAAAAAUCACAUCGGUUUGGAUUUCUACGAAAAUGGAAUUUUGCUGCUUGUACGAGACCAACUACUUCUAGUUAA